AUGGCCUCCGUUACUUCCAGGUCCCCCAACGGGUCAUCGCCCUACGACUUCGAUUCCGCCGCCGAGACCGACGAGUCGUGGCAGUACAUCGACUACAAUGCCGCUGGUUCUACGCCCUCCUCCAUUGGCUUCCUUUCUGACCCUGCCAGCGGCAGCUUGAGCAGCUUCGCCGUUAUUGGCAAUGUUCCUGGCAACACCCCGUCGCCCUCGGCUGCGUCGCCGCUCCUCUUGGGUGAGAUGGACCAUUCGGCCUUCUUCCCUAGCAAUGCAUCCUUCCCUGCGCAGUCGGACACUGUCGGCUCUGAUAUGUUCUCAACGGCGGCGACAGCGGCGACAACGGAUGGCGGGUUCGCCUCAGUCCCUGGAUUUAUGACACCCCAGCAAUACCUAUUCCCACAGCAGGACCCGGCCCAAUUCUCGCCGCAGGAGCUGAAUGGUAUGCUGGUGACUCGGACGGUGUCCCGUUCGUCACAGGGUGCUGAUGAUCAAGCAGACAUUGUGCCAUUGAUGAAUGCCUUCCAAGCCGAUAUGUUCCCGGUGACAUCAGAGGGCCAGACUCAAGUCCCUCAAGUUGACCUAAAUAUUCCUCAGCCUUUCCAGGCCGACGCCAACGUGCCGCCAUGGAACCCUACUAACCCGCGAGGAACCGAUGCCAACAUGUUCAUCAUGGAUGACUUCGGCAGCUCGUCACCCCAGAGCAUGCAGUCGCACAGUACCUCGUCUCCCGGUUCCAGACCCAGCCCUGGCGGUAGUAGGUCACCACCCACGCAGAUACGCAGGGUCAAGGUUGGAAAGGUAGAGAAGAAGAAGGUGGAACAGUCGGGCAAGUUCGUCAUCAUGACCCCGACGUCCAUCUCUGCCCACGCCGGCAGGCCCAACCCAUUCGAGUGCUUCGAGGCCAUGCGGACGAGUCAGCGAGGACGAAAGGGUCCCUUGGCGAACGCCACCAAGGAGAACGCACUUCAGGUUCGACGACUGGGUGCCUGCUUCUGCUGUCACAGUCGCAAAGUCAAGUGUGACAAGGAGCGACCCUGCAAGAGCUGCAAGAAACUCAUGGUUGCCGUCCCCCAGGUCGUCUGCUGGCAGUUUGGAGAUUUCGUGCCCAUUCUGUUCCCAGACUUCAUCCGCGGCCACUUUCGCAAGGAGGAGAUGUCCAAGUUCAUGUCUGAGAACAUUGAAGGCUUCGUGGUGAAUGGCGUGGAGCAGUCUUGCUCCGUCGAGCUGUUCUCAGGUUCGCGCUUCUCGACUGUACUAGCCGUUGACGCCAAGUUUUUCACCCCUGCGACUUGUGACGUUGUACAGCACUGGCAUAUGAACGUGGGACCAGGUCGGGCGGACCUCCAGUCCAAUGGAUCCGCCGCCAUCGGAAUCCAAUUUGAGACGAGUGCCCAGCGAGAUAGCCUCAAGAAGCGGACCAGGAAGUACAUCCAAGAUACCAUUGCGGAGCCUACUUUUGCGAUCCAAGUCACCGAAUCCAUCCGCCAUACACUCCUGCCUAGGAAAGUUCUUGAGAUCGUCAAGGACUUUGCGGAAGAGACCGAAUCCCUCAUGGUCAAGCGAGCGCUGUCCAUUCACUGCAUGCAUUACAUCAUGACCAGACAUCUCUGCCUCACUGGGCAGACCAUUGACUCACUCGGGGCCACUGGCCUGGUCCCCCAGAACGUCAACCGGCUCACUUCCCGAGUCCUGGGUCGACAGAUCAAGUCCAUCAUUGACGAGAUGAUGAUGCGGGAGAUGGUACAGCUGUUCGAGCUCUUCUCUAAGUCUCUCAAGCCCAAGUCUCGGCGCGAAUGGGCACCCUGCCUUGCCGCGUUCCUGACCCUCUGCCUCUUCAUGGAGACCGUCGAGACGGCUGCCGACAUUUUUGUAUUGUCCCAGAACGAGAUCGGGGUGAGAAACGGGUCUCGCCCUGAGUACGACAGAAGCGUCGCACUCAACACAUGCAAGGAGGUCGAGAACAUGCCGUUCAAGCAGUUCGCGUGGCAGUUCCACCAAGUCUAUCAGACGCACAUCAAGGAACCUAAUGCCAAGAGCUUCAACCCACUGGUCCAACCCGCUGAGCGGGGCGAACUUGAUGCGCCGGCGGCCAAACUGGCGGCGCGGUUAGGAGAACUUCUCUACGGCGAGGAUUGGCUUGACGUACAAACCCAAUCCGAGAACGAGAUUCUCCAGGAUAGGGCACAACACCCGUACCCGAUGAACCCAGAAUAUUUGUACACUGGCCGCCUCGUGGCCAGGUUCCUCAGGUCGUUCCUUGAUGAUAAAUGGAUUUGGGGGGAGUGGGCGUGA